AUGGAACAGGUUUUAUACCGUGUUCUUUCUGUUUUAUUUACACUAUGUUCUGAGCUUGAUGGAAGCCAUUUUCGUGGUGGUAUCAUUUCAUGGCGUCCUUUUAACAAUACAGCAUCGGGUACCAGUAUACAAAUUCAAAUACACCAAAGGUAUUUUUGGAAUCGACAGUAUUUUAAUCCAUAUUUGUGCUCAGAAACGGAUGUUAUUAAUAAAACACCUAUUCCAGUCUAUGAUUCUUUGAAGUGUGUGAAAAACUGUACAAGUAGUAACUAUCCUUCAGCUGGACUUUCAACUAGUAUGACAACUACUGAUUGUGAUACAAACCUGAUGAUUUUAUCAUGGGCCGGUGAACGCUACGAUAAUUUCUCAAUACUUUUGACAACAUCAAUUACAAUUGGCUAUAACUCGACUGCAUGGUUGGUCAUGCCUCAAAUCUAUAAGGGUGGUGGUAUAUGGUCAAUUGUUAAUCGAUUGAAUCUAGCGCUGAGACCUGAUAAUUAUAUCAAUUCCAGUCCUGUUACAAAUACAUUACCAGUUGUAUUCUACCAAAGAGGUGUAUUAGUAACUCAUGUUGUACAAAUGGCAGAUAAUGAUGCUACUGAUUAUUUGGUAUGUCGUUGGUCUAAUUCAAAUUCUGCAACCAAUUACAAUCAAUUUGAUGAGUGUGGAAGUGUCUGUUCCGGACUGCCCCCUGGAACUACACUCACUGGAGCCAAUUGUACUUUGAGUUUCACUCUACCAAAUGCUAAUCAAUAUUAUGGUUGUGCACUUCAAAUCGAAGAUUUCUUUAGCUCUACUUACACGAUUCCAAUGAGCUCAGUUCCAAUACAAUUCUUAUUCUAUGGAUACAAUCCUUCUGCUGGUGCAUGUGCAACUGCUCCCUCAAUUAUUGGUGACCGCCCUGAUAGAGCUUGCAUUGGAGUUCCAAUUGGUGUUCAGCUCACUGAAACUGUAGAGAUACAAACAUACUGUCCUGGUCAAACAAUUGUUGAUCUUGUCACUAGUUCACCUAUUGGAAUGACACAUAGUGGUAUUAGCAAUCCAAGUCCCAAUUUAUGGACAAUGAUAUUGACAUGGACACCUACAGCAAUACAAUCUGGUCCUCAAAGCUUUUGUGCUGGUGCAAUUGAUAAUAGCAGUCUGCAAUCAGCUCCAUGGUGUAUUACAUAUCUAGUUGACUAUGAAUCACCAAAUUUAAUUGUUCCUAAAGUGGUACAAGGAUCAGCAAGUCCAAUAGGCACUGUCUUUUCAAACCAGUCACUAUUUUCCAUACAAGCAACAAGUGCAGUUGGCCGCCCUUCUCGUAAUGGAACAAACGUCUGUUUUCACUUGGACACUACAAAUGCAUCAGUUCUAUGUUAUGAUGCUGGAUAUUCUCCAAAUGUUAUUUAUACUGGAUAUACAAUUGUAAUUGUUACAACUUUAACAUGGACACCUGGGCAAUCUUAUUAUGUCACAAUGGAUAGUGGAUUUGCUAGUGGAAGUGUCUUUUGUCAUGCUGAAUCGGCACCCAUUACUGAUAAAACAUUUUGGAGAUUCGAUAUCUGGAAUCCAGCACGUUCAAGUACAACUACAACAACCACUACUCCACCAACAACUCAUACAGUUACAAGCCUAGGAACAACUACUACUUCAAUCAAUACUGCAUGUACAACAAGUGGAAUAGUAGUAACUAGUACGAAUGCUUCUACGACUACAACAACUGUCACUACCACACCUCCAACUACAGCUGGUCCAACAACAGCAGGUCCAACCACCACAGGUGUAACUACUGAAUCGACUAUUCCUGUUUUUUAUCCAGCAGAUUUCGAAAAUGCAUGUAAACAACCAGUUGCAAUUAUGUCAGCUAUUAUGAUGAUUGCUUUUAUGCCUAUACAAACUCUGGCAAUGUAUGCUGCUUUCACAAAAUUCUCGAAUACGUUCAAACCAUCAAACACCGCUGCAAAAACAAGACAUCAACAACGAAUGAAAAAUAUUCUUCGACGUUAA